AUGGUAGAUUUAUUGAUUGUUACUAUUGCUCCAGUAUUUAUUGGUGCAAAUGGAAUUUUAGCCAUCGAUAAAAAUUCAACAGACAGUCAAAUAGAAGAAGAAAUUAAUGAUACUUUUCCAAAGUUAGUAAACGUAAAAUAUGAACAAUUCGGUAGAGAUAUUGUUUUAGCUUCUUAUGCUUUACCUUAA